CAUUGACUGGUUAAUGCAGCUUUUGCAGGACUUGUUCAAGUUGGUUGCACAGUGCACUGAACCUCUGAAGAAGCAACUACUUUCUGAGAGCUGAAUAAUGGUGUCACGACACGUGGGGAUCUUCUCAAGAGAUGGAGAGAGCUGCUACAGUUGGUUGGUCACAUACCUCUUGACUUUUCUAGCAGUAGGGGACGUCCAUCCUGUUUACAUCACCAAUAACAACUACCAUAGCGUGAGAGAAAAUAUAGCCCUAUGCAACUUUGCCAUUUUGUAUCACACAAAGAGAAGAGGAAGAGUUAAUAUCACGGAUGUAACAGACUCUCUGUAUGAGGAUGAACUAAACAUGUUAUCACGUUUACUAGGAAAAGAGAAGGUGAUUGUGGUGAUUGAUGACCUGGAUGACAGCGGUUCUGUAGCGAAGGACACGAUUCUGCAGAACCAGCCCAGCAUCAAGAGACUGACCAAGGACCUCUUCCUAUUCAGUGUGCAGGAUAAACAGUAUAUAAAUGUAGAUAACCAUGGAGUGAUGACUGAUAAGCUGAAUCCUAUAAAGCAGCUCAUCAAAAGACCAGCCAAUCCAAGUGAACGUGCACCCAUCAAUAUUCCAAUAAAUCAGGAGCCAUUGUAUCCUACUCAUAACCGUCAACAAAACGGGAACAUUCAGCGCAACAAGAAGACAAUUAUGGUUGGAUUAGGUGUUAUUGUCAUUAUAAUUGUGAUAAUAAUAUUGUCUAUUACUUUGAGUAAAUCUGGAUAAAAGAUCCUUUGAAGAUUUCAGCUAAAUCCAUAUUUGGAAUUCUAAAUGUUUCUACCAUAAACUUUAUUAUAAGUAUUGGAAACAAAUCUGAUUAUGUAAAACCUUUAGUUUUUAUACAGCAAUAAAAUACAGACUAAUCCUUGAUUUCAGCGCUCACUUAAAGGGACAGUCCACCAACCUGAGAUUUUUAUAUAAAAUGUUUUGUUAUGCAUAAUGAAAUAGCAUGGCAAUAUAUUUUCAUUGUUUAUUUGACCCCUUUUCACAUAAUUUAUCAUUCUCAGAACUUAAAAUGCCUUCUCAAGGCUUACUCUACUACAUAGCUGUCCUUAAAGGGAAAGUCAAGUCAAAAUGAAACUUUAAUAAUUCAGCAUGCAAUUUUAAACAACUUUCCAGUUUACUUAUAUUGUCACAUUUGUUUUGUUCUCUUGGUAUCCUUUGUUAAGAGUAACACUAGGUAGGCUGAUAGGAGCUCAGUAGUGUGCGUGUGUCUUUAGCAGUCUAUGGCAGCAGUGUUUGUAACUAUGUAUCACAUAGCUGUAAACAUUGUUACAAACAUUGCUGCCAGAUGGCUAAAGAUGUGCACUCUUCUGAGCUCACCUAGAAUUACUCUUUAGCAAACGAUAUCAAGAGAACUAAAAAUAAAAAUUGAUAAUAGGAGUAAAUUGGAAAGUUGCUUAAAAUUGCUGUUCUAUCUGAAUCAUGAAAGAAAUAAUGUGGGUUUAGUAUCCCUUUAAGCAUAGAAAGUACUUUCAAGCAAACACUUUACACUACACUAUAGUGAGGCCAUAGUAAACCAAACCUUUGUAUACAUUCUGUAACACUUGUACUAGGAUAGACUUGCUGUAUAUUGCUAAUGUACCGCCUUCUAGUAGAUAUAAUACAAUUCCUUGUACAGGUCAGACUGAUGUUUAGUAUUUCUGUAAUGUGCUGCUUGUUUUAUUAUAGCAUUUACAUUUGUGUAUUUGCCAUUGUUAAAUAAAUAGAUUUCUUGUAUCAUUUCCAGCUACGGAACCCUUAUCUUCCUUGUGUUUUGCUUGUGUAUUAUUAUUAAAUAAUUCCGAAUCACUGUGUAAUGUGAGAUAUAAUUAUCUGUUAAGCAGAAUGAGGACGGGUUAGCUAAGGGAAAGACUUGAGCCUACAUCAGAAUCCACUUCUGCAAAGGUUACUUUGUACAACAUGUAUCACUGCAAAAAUAAAUCAAAUAAAAUUUAA